CGGCGGCGGUGAGGUCCGCGGGUGGCCACGGUUUCGACGCGCAUUUGCGCGGUCCAAGCUUCGUGAUGGAGCCGCCGUCGAGGGUGGAAUUUUCGAAUUCGAGCGGCGCCUGGCUGGACUGCACCGCGACAGGAAGCCCUCCGCCCAACAUCGAUUGGUCGACCGCGGACGGACAUCCGGUGAACGACGUACCGGGGGUGCGGAGGGUGCUGAGGAACGGCACGUUGGUCCUUUUACCAUUUCCGGCGGCCGCGUUCCGGCAGGAUGUGCACAGCGCGGCCUAUAGAUGCGUGGCCAGCAAUUCCGUCGGCAGGGUGCUCAGCCGCGACGUCCAAGUCAGGGCAGUGGUAGCCCAGGCGUACAAAGUCGACGUGGAGGUGAUCGGAGGUGCAUCGAGGGGCUGCACGGCAGUGUUGCGAUGCGUGGUUCCCAGCUUUGUGAAAGAUCUGGUGCGCGUAGUGUCCUGGCUGCAGGAGCCAUCGUUCUACAUUUAUCCUUCGCUGCAAGGAGACGGGAAGUUCCACCUCCUGCCAACCGGUGAACUUCUGGUCCACAGUCUGGAAUUCAGCGAUCAAAUACACGGUUACAGAUGUCGAACGAUGCAUCGCCUCACUAGACAGGUGGUUGUGAGCUCAGUGGCCAACGUAAGGAUAGCAGAUCACAGAGGGGUGAUGCCACCGGUGAUUCUUGAAAACUCCGGCGUUGUUCACGUCGCUCAAGAUGAAUCAACGUCGUUAGUCUGCGUGGCACAGGCUUGCCCUACUCCCGAGUAUCGGUGGUAUGCACAAACCGGUUCGGAGCCAAUGCUGGUACUCUCUGGACCAAGAACCAGGUUGCUCGGGUCCGUUCUGGCCCUCGAAGCGGUAACGUUAGAAGAUAGCGGUAUUUAUCGGUGUUCCGCGUCUAAUCCUGGUGGUGAAGCCAGCGCAGAAGUUCGGCUCAUCGUGACGGCCCCAUUACACGUGGAAGUGACGCCACCCUUGUUGAGCGUCCAUUUAGGAGGUAAUGCCGAAUUUAGAUGCGAGGUCAGCACGCAUCCACAAGCUGGACCACACUUUGUUACCUGGUACAAGGAUGGUCGACAGUUGCCAGGCACCGGCAGACAAUCAGAAUUAUUGAGGCUGAACGGUAUCAGCAGGGAAGAUCGUGGAAUGUAUCAGUGUAUCGUCAGACGGGCGGAAGGCGACACUGCACAGGCCUCUGCAGAAUUACAAUUAGGCGACGCACCGCCGAUGCUGCUCUAUUCGUUCAUCGAGCAAACGUUGCAGCCGGGGCCGGCUGUGUCCUUGAAGUGCUCCGCCGCUGGGAAUCCAACACCGCAGGUCUCCUGGGCCUUGGACGGCUUUCCCCUGCCAACCAACGGAAGGUUUGUUAUCGGUCAAUACGUGACGGUCCACGGCGAUGUUAUAUCGCACGUCAAUAUCAGCCACGUGAUGGUGGAGGAUGGAGGAGAAUAUUCUUGCACGGCUGAAAAUCGAGCUGGGAAAGUCACUCACGCUGCCCGCCUCAACGUUUACGGUCUUCCAUACAUCCGACUGAUUCCAAAGGUAACCGCCGUCGCCGGUGAGACUCUCCGCUUGAAGUGUCCAGUGGCCGGCUACCCGAUCGAGGAGAUCAAGUGGGAACGAGCGAAUCGCGAAUUGCCGGACGAUCUCCGGCAGAAGGUGCUUCCGGACGGCACCUUGGUGAUUACGAGCGUGCAGAAAAAGGGCGACGCCGGCGUGUACACGUGUUCGGCGAGGAACAAGCAGGGGCACAGCGCGAGGAGAUCCGGAGACGUCGCAGUGAUCGUACCCCCUAUUAUUGAGCCAUUUACGUUCCAAGAGGGACUAUCCGAGGGGAUGCGGACGCGGACGGUGUGCGGGGUCGCGGCGGGUGAUCCACCCCUAACGAUAUCCUGGCUGAAAGACGGCCAAAGCCCUUUCCCUUUGCCACCGAAUCUCGCCUCCGUCGCAAACAUCUCCCAACUGGAUCCUUACUCCAGCCUCCUCAGUAUAACGAACCUCGCGGCCGAGCACUCCGGCGACUAUACCUGCGUCGCCGCGAACCCCGCCGCCGAGGUCAGGUACACGGCCAAGCUACAGGUAAAAGUACCGCCGCGAUGGAUCGUCGAGCCGACGGACGUCAGCGUCGAAAGAAACAAGCACGUCGCUUUGCACUGCCAAGCGCAGGGCGUGCCUACGCCUACUAUCGUUUGGAAAAAGGCCACGGGGAGCAAAUCCGGUGAAUACGAGGAGUUGCGGGAAAGAGCGUACACGAAAAUCCUCAGUAAUGGUACGCUGCUGUUGCAACACGUGAAAGAAGACAGAGAGGGAUUUUACCUCUGUCAAGCGAGCAACGGCAUUGGCAGCGGUAUCGGCAAAGUAGUCCAGCUGAAAGUAAACUCUUCGCCGUAUUUCGCGGCACCGUCGAGGCUUGUCACCGUGAAGAAAGGCGACACGGCAACUUUGCAUUGCGAGGUACACGGCGACACACCGGUCACCGUCACCUGGCUGAAAGGCGGAAAAAUUGAGUUAAAUCCCUCGACGAACUAUCGAGUUACAGUGAAACGAGAGGUAACACCGGACGGUGUGAUAGCACAAUUGCAAAUCUCUUCGGCGGAAGCGUCCGACAGUGGCGCGUAUUUUUGUCAAGCAAGCAAUCUGUAUGGACGUGAUCAACAGUUGGUGCAACUCCUCGUGCAAGAGCCACCACAGCCGCCAAGUUCUUUAGAGACUGCCAUGGUUGCCAGCCGGAGCAUUAACGUUAAAUGGCAACACAAGUCACAAGACACCAGCGAAGUGACCAAGUAUAUCCUUCAAUAUAAAGAAGGCGAUGCUGGACUGUGGCAACAACAAGAAUUCACCGGACCGCCCCUUCCGUACGCUGCUCUAAUAGACGAGUUAAAACCGGCAACCAGAUACACUAUACGCGUAAUAGCCGAAGGACCAGCGGGUAGAUCAGUGCCCUCGGCAGAACUGAUUGUCAGAACCGAGCCACAAAGACCGGCUGGACCCCCGAUUAAUCUUGAAGCUAGGGCUCUGUCCUCCUCUGAAAUUUUAAUCACUUGGUCGCCACCACUGCCUGAACUCCGACACGGUGACAUUCAGGGAUUCAAUGUUGGCUACAGGGAAACAAGCUCGGCGAAUCCCUCGUAUAACUUUAGCUCGGUGUCCGGAGACGGUGAAGAAGGGGGCGCAGAACUUCGGUUAACAGGCCUUCGACCCUACACAAAGUACACUUUGGUGGUUCAAGCGUAUAAUCAAGUUGGAUCCGGUCCACUUUCUGAACCUUUGCUCACGCAGACAAUGGAAGAUGUGCCAAGUAUGCCACCAGAGGACGUAAGAUGCGCUGCGUUAACCUCGCAAUCGCUUCAAGUAUCCUGGCAGCCGCCACCCAACACGCACAGCAACGGUAUUAUUCAGGGAUAUAAGUUACAUUACGAGCCUAUCCUGGCGGAUAUGUGGCGCAGCGUCGACGAAAUGGAAGUACGAAAGACUAGCGCUUUAACCACUGUCCUCACCGGUCUGAGAAAAUAUACGAACUACACGAUUCAAGUGUUAGCAUUCACAAGAGUCGGCGACGGAGUAGCUACGACGGUAACUUACUGCCAAACGGAGGAAGAUGUGCCAGGUAGUCCAGCAGACAUAAAAGUGGUGGUCAGCUCGCCACAGGCACUUUUCAUCUCUUGGCUCCCGCCCUUAGAGCCAAACGGGAUUAUCACGAAAUACAAUCUGUACACGAGGGUCGUGGAUGGCCGAGAGGAACUUAAUCACGGUAAAAGAACACUGUCAGCGGCGAGUACUUAUUUCGAAGCGACUGAUUUACAGCAACACGUAGAAUAUCAAUUUUGGGUGACCGGUAGCACCCGCGUAGGCGAGGGUCAAAGUUCCAGAGUAGCUGCACAAGUACCAACGAAUCGGGUACCAGCGAAAAUCACGUCUUUUGGGGGCCACGUAGUGAAACCGUGGAGAGGAACUGUCACCCUGGCUUGCAACGCAGUUGGAGAUCCUACCAGAGAAUGGUACAAGGGACAAGCCGAGCAAAUUCGUACCGACACAACGAGAAAUGUACAAAUUUUGCCAUCUGGAGAGCUCGUAUUGUCGAAUUUACAAUCACAAGAUGGCGGGAACUAUACUUGCCAGGUGGAGAAUGCUCAAGGCAGCGACAAGCUGCAUUAUACUUUGACUGUACAGGUUCCACCUAAUGCACCUGUUCUCUACGUGACGAGUUCUACGUCGAGUAGCAUUUUGUUGCACUGGAAGCCUGGACACAGUGGUGGCGCGCCACUCACAGGGUACACGUUACAUUAUCGAACAACGCACGGGAAUCUAGACGAGUUACAACUAUCUCGUCACGCCACAAGUCACGAAUUAAAGGGUCUGCUGUGCGGUAAUACAUAUCAAUUGUAUUUAACGUCUCACAACAAAAUCGGAAGCAGCCCAUCGUCACCGGUGCUCUCAGUGCGAACUCAAGGACAGGCGCCAGGAAUACCACCAGCGGCAGCUUUCCUCAGUCCAAACUCGACCACGUUAGUCCUCCGACUUCACGUGUGGCCAGAUAACGGUUGCCCGAUCCUCUACUUCGUAAUUCAGUACAGACCCAUUAACGAAUUUCACUGGACACUAGUCUCGAACAGCGUGAAAAUGCAACGACGGUUUGUCGUGACGAAUUUACAACCGAGCUCGGUUUACCAGCUGAAAGUUGAGGCCCACAACGUAGCCGGUAGCAAUCACGCGGAGUUCACCUUCGUGACGUUGACAAAGGAAGGCGAACCGCCUCCUCCAGAACUGUCGAAACGUGGUAUUACCUCGGCCGUGCCAUUCUACGCUGACGUGAAAGUAAUGCUGCCUCUGAUCGUGGCCACCGUUGCCUUAGUUGUCGCUGUGGUGAUCGUAGCUCUUCGCUGGCGAAGCAGAUAUCUCGGAGACAGAAUGCAACGUCCGAUGAAAGAGACCCAGGAGAAUCAACAAAACGCCGAAACGCAAAGAGAACGUUACUACGCGACGAUUCACAAGGUGGCUUUGCAACAAGCGGCGAAUACGGGUGGAGGGCCCGACAAGAUUCCAGGUGAACCUUUGUUACGAUACGGACGACAGCCAGAGACAGCGGAGGACAUCUCGCCGUACGCUACGUUCCAGCUUUCGGAGGGUGGCGGGGGAAGCCUGGCAGGGCUGGGAGGGUUGGGAGGACUGGGAGGCGCGGCGGAAGCUUCAGCAGCCGGCCUCCACCCGAACAACACUCUUCUACACAGUUUCAUGUAUCACGAGCACGCCAUGACCGAAGGAUGCGCAAGCCCUCCACCUGCCGCGACGAGUAUGAAGAGCGUUUCGUCGAGGAGACGGCAGCAGAGAAAGCAACAAACUCCGGGCGAUGUCGAGAGCGACGAGAGCGAGUCUGACCCGGAUCAGUUGACGAGCUCUCGCACAGAGUCUUCCAACCAGCUCGACGCUGGCAAACUCAAACACAUUCGGGCCGUUUCCGAUUUCAUUUACCACGGUACGUCGAGCACUUCUUCGGACAUUUCACCCAUGUCAGAGCAGAAGUCACUCCCUCGAAGAGGACGAUCUAGGAGCUCUCUACGCACGCUACUGCCGCCGAUAUCGUUUUGAGAAAAGAAAGAAAGAGAAAACAGAAAAUGGCGACAAUGAGAAGGCGUUCGUCCGUCCGGAGGGACGGACGCGUCGACAAGGUUGGGCUCUGUUGCAUUGUAAAGUUUAUACGUACGUCUAAACACCGUUGAUUACUUUAAGCCCGUUAUUAAAUUCUAUAGUAAGGCAUUAUUUCCGCGUGCGGGCGGACCGCGCGCUCCUCUCCCGCUCUGUAAAUUUGUUCGAAGUCGAAACGUCGAGCAGACGUCUUGUCUCGACGCCGAUCGAACGGUUCGUUCGUCGAUACAGAUCAACGCAUUGACAUCUCUCUUCGAAUGUCGCGCACUACGACCGUAAGAAUUCGCGAGCCGUACGAUCACGGUCAUUAUUUUCUAAUUAAGCGAUCUGGUUAACCCGUUAAUGGCCGAUUGAAGCCAUCGAGAGAUCAAGAAACGCGAUGAUUUAUAUCCUUUGUCCUUUGCAGACGAAAGAUUUUAAAGUUGCUCGAUAUCCUUAGCCAAUUUAUAAUAUAUAUUAUAGAGUCUUUUGAACGAGUGUUCUAUUUGAAAAUUCAAUACUUUGUUGCUCAUCGUGGAAUUAUUUAUACUCUUGGCUUGUUAAAAUAUCGCAUUUUCUGGAUUUAUUGUCGCGAACGUGACACAAUGAUUAUAAAAAGUAUUGUAGAUGGUAGAUGGCAUAGUUUCCAAUGAAUUCUCUUUUAUCAAGUUCAAAGUAAUCUUUGUAACAUUACGGUCGUUAACGGGUUAAACGCGUGUGCUGAACGUUGACGUUCUUUCCCGUGUGUGUUUCACCGAGCGAUCUUAAGAACCUGUUUUUUUCCGCGAUUGAACUUUCACCAUCGUCGAAAUAAAGUAAUUUCGAGGUCUUCUCGGUAAUGUUCGAAAUAGAAGAAAAAAAAAAAAAGAAGAAAAGCAGAAGCACAAGAAGAAAUCAAAAGAAGAAAGAAAAAAAGAAAGAACGUGGCGAGGCUGCGCGAGCCGCGACAGAUUCGUACGUUCCCCCAUCAGACUGAUUUGAAAGUAAAAAUAACGUGGUUUAGCGGUGUAGCGCGCGCGUUUUUUUACACGUACCGUGUUCAACGAGUUCCAAACACUACCAUGACACUGCCAUUCCGCAGACUAAUGCUCGACGCGCACUGCCAAAUUGCUGGCCAAUUUCCUACUUCCGGGCAACGAUAAUUUUACGACGGCGAUUUUUUAUCACUACCCAGGUAGCCGAAUUUUCGAGGUCUUUAGAGUUCGAAGGAAAAACCGCGAAAAAGAAAAAAAAGUAGAAAAUAAAACAGGCGUUCUUUUCGACGAGAACUUUAUAUACAGUGAAGUCUACGAUCGUUUAUCUAAUACAAUGUACAACCGAAAUUGCAAACACCUGAGUUCCAUGAGUGUGCGCGACACUGCGAAGACGAGGGCACAUAGGUAUACGUAUAUAUAUAAAAAUUUAUAUAAAUAUACAUAUAUAUAUAUGUACUUAAAAAAAAAAAGCGCGUUCAAGCGCGAUGCAUUACAUGAUUCAACGUACAUACGAAUGUAUAUAUUGAGAAGCACGUCAAUCAAACUCGUAGAGUUCGAUUAAUUUGUUAGAUAAUCGUUUCUUCCGGGAGGCGGUAAUCAUUUAUCGCGACGAUAAAUAACGAUCUUUUGUACGAUUUUUUUUUUUUUUUUUUUUUCACCGACCGACUGACGGUCCGCUCAACGAGGACCCCUGUGUACAAUUUGUCGAUGAUUUGUCCAGUUUCUUUUCACAAUCCAUUUGUCUCUCGCUCUCCUGGAAGUUUCUGGCUCCGGGCAGGAGACAUCUUUAAAAAUGGUCUCAAGAGCUUAUCUAAACGCUUAUCUCUCACUUUUAUUCGGGUAACUGAAUUAUUUCGUGUGUAUCGAUCUAAGGGAGUGAACUUAAGAACUCUGGCCUAUUUUCAGAGCUGUCGAGCUGUUCAAGAGACUUGUUGAUAAAAUCGUGCGCGUACGUUCGACUUUAUUAGUCGGUCGAUUUUAUUAUCGCUCGAGAUAGAGGAGAGAGAGCCAGAAAUUCCUCGAAUUCGCGCGAGUCGUUUCCUCCGCGUUGAUCGUACGAGGCCGCACGAACGAUGGCUUCCGACCGUACGUUUUAUUUUUUUUCUUUUUUUUUAGUUGAAGCGGUGACGUUAACUUGGAACACCACGAAACGCGAUGAACGCAUCGGGGUUGCACGCGGACACGCGUUACCAAAGAUAAAUAGAGAAAUCCAGAAAGCGGAAAUAGCGAUGGUCCAUCGGAUCGAUGCUAAAAUACACACAAAUGUAAGAUUUUACGUCCUUCUGAGAAAUCCAAGCUAGUCGUGUACAAUUAUAGUCGUAAGUGCUGUACUCUCAACAAAUAAAGUGUAAAACUAAAGAUGAACGUAGCGGAAGAGACUUUUUAGCGAAACGUGUCGACGAUUAACGGUAAGCUUUGCGAGAAAUCUAAAGAGAAAAGGAAAGAAAGAAAGAAAGAAAGAAAGAAAGAAACCGAUCGACGAUGGACUUCGUAAUCGCUAUAGUAGUUGUCUAGAUCUUUCGUGUAUCUCUAGAGAAAUUUACGAAACUUCCCCCCUGGUCGCGAUUCCAUUCUUUUCUUUUUUUUUUUUUUUUUUUUUUAUCCCCCCGUUUCUAAUUCAGUAUUUCAGUAUUACGUCACCGGUUUGACCGCGUUCGCGAAUAAACGAAGGCGUGGGGAGUGAGCAAAUCAAACGAACAAUUAUUACUGUAACUAUACUACUAGCAUCGUUGUAAAUUAACAAAUAAAAAGAAAAAUAACAAUAAUAAUAAAGAACUGAAGGAGAAGAGGUAGAGAGAGAGAGAGAGAGAGAGAGAAGAGGCGCGAAUGUGAGGGUGUGUCUGCGAUAUCGAAGUUCUAUUCUUGAGUGGCACGGCCACGUGCGGAGCGACAUCGAGGACUCGGUCGAGAAAGCCGCGAUUUUCUUCCUGCGUGACUCUGUGUGUGUGUGUGUGUUUGUGUGUGUUUGUGUGUGUGUCAAACGAUCGCGUUAGCAAACGAAGCGACGCUGGCCGCUGGUACCACUGCUGAAAUUGUACUCGAGUCGGUGGUAUGGCAUUUCGAAGCAUUGUGUCGAUCGUAGAAUCGAUUAAAAAGAAAUAAAUUGAUAUCCUGUAAAGUACUGUACGAA